ACUGAGACCACAACUGUAUAGGUCGGGUCACACCGUUGUAGAAUGAUAAAUUGUUUCUCCAAGUGGUAGAAGUAUUGUCUUCAACUCGUCACUAACACCUCUGCAGCAGUUAAUCUGUCGGUGGCUAUGGCAACCCGUGGUCGGAGUCGUCGGACGCCAUCCCUGCUUCUCUUCCUAACGCUAGUGGUGUUCUCGCUGGUGGGAACCUCUCUCGCCGCCGGAAUCGCCAUUUACUGGGGAAAGAACGCAAUUGAAGGAACCUUAACAAACGCUUGCGCAACAAACAGGUAUGCUUACAUUAACAUAGCUUUCCUCUACAUCUUUGGCAAUAGCCAGACCCCUCAAAUCAAUCUCUCCGAUCACUGCAACCCAUCCUCCGAUGAUUGCACCGCCGUCAGCGACGGCAUAAGAUACUGCCAAAACAGAGGAAUCAAGGUUAUGCUCUCAAUCAUAAGUGGCGGCAAAAAUUACUCUCUCUCAUCCCCUUCAGAUGCCAAGAACAUCGCCGAUUUCCUCUGGAACAACUUCCUUGGGGGUAAUUCAUCGUCGAGACCACUCGGUGAUGCUGUAUUAGACGGCAUAGAUUUCAAUAUCGAGGAUGGGUCUACUCUAUAUUGGGACGAUCUCGCGAGGUAUCUCUCUGCUUACAGAAAACAGGGGAAGAAGAAGGUGUACUUAACGGCGGCGCCACAAUGUCCAUACCCAGAUAGAUAUCUGGGUCGUUCAAUUAAUACUGGGCUUUUCGAUUAUGUUUGGAUUCAGUACUAUGAUAAUCCUUCUUGCGAUUACAGUUCAGGGAAUGUUAACAAUCUUCUGAGUUCUUGGAUGCAAUGGACGUCGUCAAUUCCAGCAACCAAGAUAUUCUUGGGACUACCAUCGUCGAUAGGAGUGAGUAGUUUUGUCCCUGCAAACGUUUUGAUUUCUCAGAUACUUCCAGUGGUGAAGACUUCACCAAAAUAUGGAGGUGUGAUGCUCUGGUCUAAGUAUUCUGAUGAUCAGAGUGGAUAUAGUUCUUCUAUUAAGAGCAGUGUCGAAGAUGUUAACUGUGUAGUUCUUAGCAUUCGGCUAACACUGCCAUCGCAGCUCCCGCUGGAAUCAUGAAGAGGACAAAAAAAAAAAAAUAAUAAUCUCUAUGACUUAUAAUUUUUCGUACAAAAAAUCCUUUGCAAGAAAGCAGUGAGUGGCACAUAUGUUUUGUGAACUUAUAUGUAUAUUUUAUGGAUAAAUGGAUGAAAGUUUUAUA